CCAAAACAAUAAUGUUUUUUUAAACAGGUGUGACAUAUUAGCACUGCCCGAAGGGGAGCGAGAGAGAGAGAGAGAGAGAGAGAGAGAUGAACAUAGAAGUCAGUCCCAUCCCAAAGCUGUGCCCAGUCGCAGAGGUCUUCCCAUGGAAUGAAUUCUCCUACACAGCCCGUCUGAGCCCCACAGAGACCCACGACACAGCCGGAUGGCUCUCUGCUCUGCCUGCCUUCCACAAUCAUCAUCCACCCUAUCCCAUCUGUGAGAGAAUGCACCCGAGUGGCACCCAAAGCUCUGCCCCAGAGGAGAGCGGCAAAACCGCCACAGAUCCUGGAGAGGCUCAGCUGGACUUCUACCGUAAACUGGGCUACUCCCCAGCGCAGGUCCAGACCGUGCUGCAGAAGUUUGGCCUGAACACAGACACUAACAGGAUUCUGGGGGAGCUGGUGCGGACUGGAGCCAGUCCAGAAGGGAUGGAGAAGGAGGUAGCCCCAACUACCAUGUCUGUCCUGAUGGCCCGAGGGGAGACCCUUAGUAGCCUGCCCCUCACCCCUCCACCCAGCAGGGAGGAUGCAGCCAGUGAGGAGGGAGAUGACCUGAAACCCAUAGUGAUCGAUGGGAGCAAUAUGGCUAUGAGGUGAGUAGAGAAUUUAAAUAGAUGCUGCUAUGAGUCUUAGUAGGAUUACAUGCUGUGGGUCUGAGAACUGGUUACCCGGACACAGAUUAAGCCUAGUCCUAGAUUAAAAGAGACAGCAGGUAGCGUCGUGUUUGAGAGAGUUAGGCCGGUAACCGAAACGUCGCUGGUUCGAAUCCCUAAGCCGACUAGGUGAAAAAUCUGUCAAAGUGCCCUUGAGCAUGGCACUUAACCCUAGUUGCUCCUGUAAAUCGCUCUGGAUAAGAGUGUCUAAAAAGCAUGCUCAAAGGAGAUUCUUCAUAGAAAGUGCUUUUUAGUCUUGGACUAGGCUUAAUCUGUGUCCGGGAAACUACCUGUGUGUCUUGAAUUGCUGUUUGCUGGUGAUCGUUAUAGCAGAAUGUAUCAUUCAGCUGUGUUUUGAUAGGGUCCUGAGGAUACCUAAUUGGUUUGCAUUGAGGAAGGUAUCAGGGGUCUGUGGCAUCAUGUACAUUACUGGCCACUCAUCAGGACUCCUCGUACCCCCACCUCCACUACUAAUAAGUCUUUGAGUCAGCAUGAAAGUGCUCUUCAGUUGUGAACAUUACAAACAAAUCAGUUGUGCUCUCAGAUCUGUGCUCUAAUAGCAGAAAAUGGUGGGGUGGACAUAAAGUAGACAUAAUCACUCUUAACCGAUGAUGUUCAUGGAAAAAACGUAGAGACAGGCUUCGACCAGCCUUAAUCUAAUCUCUCCAGUAAUUGUAGAUAAGUGUUUCUAGGAAGGAACACGUGGUUUGUACUGUACCAGCAGAAUUCCCCCUCUGUCCUAAAGUACAGAUCAUUUCCUUAUUACGCUAAACUCCUGCCCUAACCUAAUAAUUAUGAUCUAGCUAGAAGUCGGGAUGGUGGUUCAGCCCUCAACACUCAGUCACUAUCAAGUGACACUGUCAAUACAACAGGUGUAGACUUUACCGGGAAAUGGUUACUUUCCCAACAAUGCAGAGUUAAAGAUUUAAGAAAAAAUUGCAAAAAAGGAAAUAGUAACACAAUAACAUAACAAUAACGAGACUAUAUACAAAGAGUACCGGUACCGAGUCAAUGUGCAGGGGUACGAGGUAGUUGAGGUAAUUGACGUAAUAUGUACAUAUGUGAAGAGUGUGAAAGUGUGUCUGUGUGUUUUGGUGUGUCACUGUAGUAUGUGUGAGUGUGUGGGUAGAGUCCAGUGAGUAUGUGCAUAGAGCCUGUGCAAGAGAGUCAGUGCAAAUAGAAAGGGUGUCAAUGCAAAUAGUCCGGGUAGCCAUUGGAUUAACUGUUCUGCAGUCUUAUGGCUUGGGGGUAAAAGCUGUUCAGGAGCCUUUUGGUCCCAGACUUGGCGCUCCGGUAUCGCUUGCCGUGCGGUAGCAGAGAGAACAGUCUAUGACUUGGGUGGCUGGAGUUAGCCUGGAAGAACCCUCAACCUUUUCUCUCACACCCCCUCUCACUCCCUCAUCCACUGCUCCUCUGUCUCCUUUGGCCUCCUUCCCACUUUGAUACACACUCACACCCGUAUAGGCACGUCUCUCCCUCAUCGCUCAGGUAUGCAAAUCUGAGCAUGCAUAUCAGUUCACAGUGCAACAGGAACAGGCCUGCAUUUUAUUUACUGCCUGCCCUUUGAUGUGGAUAAUACAUGUACAGUGCAUUCGGAAAGUAUUCAGACCCCUUGACUUUUUCCACAUUUUGUUACAUUACAGCCUUAUUUUAAAAUUGAUUAAAUAAAUUGUUUUCCUCAUCAAUCUACACACAAUACCCCAUAAUGAGAAAGUGAUAAUAGGAUUUUAGAAAUGUUUGCAAAUGUAUAAAAAAUAAAAGACCCUUUGUUAUGAGACUCAAAAUUGAGCUCAGGUUCAUCCUGUUUACAUUGAUCGUCUUUGAGCUUUUCUACAACAUGAUUGGAGUCCACCUGUGGUAAAUUCAAUUGAUUAGACAUGAUUUGCAAAGGCACACACCUGUCUAUAUAAGGUCCCACAGUUGACAGUGCAUGUCAGAGCAAAAACCAAGCCAUGAGGUGGAAGGAAUUGUCCGUAGAGCUCCGAGACAGGAUUGUGUCGAGGCACAGAUCUGGGGAAGGGUACCAAAACAUUUCUGCAGCAUUGAAGGUCCCCAAGAACACAAUGGCCUCCAUCAUUCUUAAAUGGAAGAAGAUUGGAACCACCUAGACUCUUCCUAGAGCUGGCCGCCCGGCCAAACUGAGCAAUCGGGAGAAAAGGGCCUUGGUCAUGGAGGUGACCAAGAACCCGAUGGUCACUCUGACAGAGCUCCAGAGUUCCUCUGUGGAGAUGGGAGAACCUUCCAGAAGGACAACCAUCUCUGCAGCACUCCACCAAUCAGUCCUUUAUGGUAGAGUGGCCAGACGGAAGCUACUCCUCAGUAAAAGGCACAUGAAAGCCCGCUUGGAGUUUGCCGAAAGGCACCUAAAGGACUCUCAGACCAUGAGAAACAAGAUUCUCUGGUCUGAUGAAACCAAGAUUGAACUCUUUGACCUGAAUGCCAAGCGUCAAGUCUGGAGAAAACCUGGCACCAUCCCUACGGUGAAGCAUGAUGGUGGCAGCAUCAUGCUGUGGGGAUGUUUUUCAGCGGCAGGGACUGGGAGACUAGUCAGGAUCGAGGGAAAGACGAACGGAGCAAAGUACAGAGAGAUCCUUGAUGAAAACCUGCUCCAGAGCACUCAGGACCUCAGACUGGGGCGAAGGUUCAUCUUCCAACAGGACAAUGACCCUAAGCACACAACCAAGACAACGCAGGAGUGGCUUCGGGACAAGUCUCUGAAUGUCCUUGAGUGGCCCAGCCAGAGCCUGGACUUGAACCCGAUCGAACAUCUCUGGAGAGACCUGGAAAUAGCUGUGCAGCGACGCUCCCCAUCCAACCUGACAGAGCUUGAGAGGAUCUGCAGAGAAGAAUGGGAGAAACUCCCCAAAUACAGGUGUGCCAAGCUUGUAGUGUCAUGCACAAGAAGACUUGAGGCUGUAAUCACUGCCAAAGGUGCGAUUACAGCGAUUACACUGGUAUACAUUUACCUGUCCAACAGUCAAUCUUUACCAUAACACGUUUUUGUUAAAGGUAGACUCAGUGAUAUGACGUAGAUGCACAAAGUAAACGGGAUAGUGUAGGGCCCUAUAAAAUCUGUUUUAUUGUUUGCCUGAUUCCGUUAAUUUUUUCCCAAAUUUAUGUUUUCUCCGUUUUAGUUUUUCCAGGUUUCAGUUUUCCCCAGUUUUUUCGCUCUCAAAAUCACACUUUAUUAAUAGAAAAACAACUAAAUUGGAUGUUUUAAGUCCACAACAAUCUUAUACCAUAUUAGGAGACCACUUUUGAGGUCUGGUUAAAAAAAAAGAAAUUUAGAUUUGUGUGUAUAAUUCCAGUGCUCACCUAGCAAGAUGCUGUUGUUUAGCUGUGUUUUUGUGCGCACGUAUGGUAGAGUUUGCAAAAUAAAUACCCAAUGGAUUGAUACAAAAAAUCAUGAUCAUUCUGCUAGGUAAGCAAGCAUGGGCUACUUUGUAGUUAACAUUUAAUUGAGAAAGCCUUUCCAUCUACUAGAUAACUUUUCAUUAGCAUCAUCGGGGGGAAUUCUCAUUGCCUCUUCAGAAAGUUCAGGAAAUACGAAUCACUGAUGCAUUGUGUUCAUUUCUUAUGAUAAACUUGAUCAAAUUACUUAAUUUUCUAUACAUUUAUUUGAUACCCUACUAAGUCCAAUAGAUUUUGGAAUAUUGUUGAAUUCCGUGUUAAUGUCUGGAUUCCGUGAUUCCGUCCGCGUUCUCCGCAUCGCAGAUUUUAUAGGGCCCGAAUAGUGGGUAAAUUCCGCAACAACUAAGAGCAUUGAAGAGCGAGGCUCAACUUCUCUGCUGUUUUGGUCCCGUGACUUCCACCAAAGACUGUACAGUAUGAACAUAGGCAGAAACUGCUUCUCCAAUAGAAAUCACCGAUCACGCUUGUAGGCGAUAUAAUGGCGACGUUGGCUAGCUAAGUUCAGCUGCAGAAACACGUCAUCGGGUCUAACGGUCGUCUCGCGCCGAACUACGCAUGUGCAGGCCGUCAAAUCAAAGGCACUCCUUUGAUAUAAAGUUGUUUAUGACUAAAAGUUUGUCAAUUUCACGAGGUUGGAGUAAUAACAUGUUCAAAUACUUAAGGCAUUGGCUUGAAUCUAGGUUGUGCCUUUAGAUUUCAAGAAAAUUAACAACUAAGGAAUAAUUUUUCACUUCUGUCAUUGACUUCUCAAACCCCGGCCUGGUCUGCUUGGUCUCCUUCGCAAGCGUACUUGGAAGUCUCGCUAUGUUGCGCUUCUGGGUUUAGAAAUUCUGUGCUACCACGCUGUAACAGCUUGAAGUGAAUCUGUGCACAUGUGCAGAUACUGUGUGAGAGCGAAGUCUUACAUCUUGCUAAUCUCAAUAUCUGUGGUGCUGCUUGUGGCAACGUCAUUUUGCUGAGUCUACCUUUUUAAAGCCUAUAAAUGACACAACAUUACCAGUGAAAUCCAUUUUACCCCUAGACAUUUGGUUUAGGACCUACUAUCCAGAUUCUAGUAGUAGUAGUAGUAGUAGUAGUAGUAGUGUACCUAGUUGGUGGUUAGCCUACCAUGAGACAAGUGCACAUUUUAUUUGUGUAUACACAGUUUUCAUUUGCAAUGCAAAUGCUGUAAUUGUGUAUAUUUAAGUGUGUUCACCUAAAAAAUAACUGUUCUAGUCAUUGCGGGGCGGCAGGUAGCUUAGUGGGUAAGAGCGUUGUGCCAGUAACCGAAAGGUCGCUGGUUCUAAUCCCCGAGCCGACUAGGUGAAAAAUCUGUCGAUGUGCCCUUAAGCAAGGCACUUAACCCUAAUUGCUCCUGUAAGUCGCUCUGGAUAAGAGCGUCUGCUAAAUGACUAAAAUGUAAAUGUGAUUGCGGGCACACUUUCAAACAAUGCUGUUAAUUGCUCUUGAGGUACAGGCUGCGUCACAAUUCGCGCCCUAUUCCCUAUAUAGUGCACUUAUUUUGACCAGAGUCAUAGGCACUAUGUAGGGAAUAGGGUGCCACUUACCCUGACCACACAAAUAAGUCAUUGCGAACAUGAUUUGCUUGCUUGCUCAACAAUCUUUAUUUAUAUUGCCCCUCUGUUGUAUCCACGGGAACAAGGAAGUGUAGUGUACAAAGAAGGGUUUGAUUAGCUUGCUUGCUCAACAAUAUCUAUUUUUAUUGCCUCUCUGUUGUAGCCACGGGAACAAGGAAGUAUUUUCCUGCCUGGGAAUCCAGCUGGCGGUGAACUUCUUCCUGGACAGGGGUCAUACUGAUAUCACUGUGUUUGUUCCCUCAUGGAGGAAGGAGCAGCCCAGACCAGAUGUCCCCAUCACAGGUAAGAUGUCGGGAAUACACCACACAGGGCCCAACGUCUACUUCCUUUUCUGUAUCACACCACAGCCCUCAUUGUAGCCUAUGUAAUCCAGUAGAUUUCCUCCUCAAUACAUAUAAUGGGGUGGACAUGUUGUUUUAGGCACUCAAUGAAAUUUUGAGUUUAUAUGCUUUUUUAAUCAGAGAUGGCACAUUAUAUAAUACCUUAUGUGAUAUUUUGACUGCAGGAAAUGUGCAUACAAUCACAAUGUUUGAGUAGGGAGUGUGUCUCUUUGGUCAGGAAAGAUACAACAUUUUCAUGUGUGAGCAAGAAACAGUUUGCCAUUUGGCCUUGGCCAGUUACGGUAUUUGAGGCAGAGGCAAACAACUUGAGGCACGAAAACGGGUCAGGUUUCAACGUGGUGCAACUCCCCAACUCUUGGUGAGAGCAGUGUAGAGAGCGGGAGGGGAAAACCUGACACGGAUACAGUAUUUAUUCUGUUUCCAAAUUGCAACUUGUGCUGAACUUUAUCUCCAAACCACCUCUUAUUCAUCUGAUUAAAUUAGGGACUUUUCUCAACGUCUUUAUUACUUCCUGCAGUAGCACAUAAAAAUGCUCUUCUCACGGAGCUGCUGCUGUGAUGACAGAAGGCUUGGCUUGGCUGACUUACAGUAACUUUAAUUGCCAAUUUAUGCCAAACGCCAGCUAUAUAGUGUAUGCUCAUAUGUUUAUAUGAUGUUUGUCACAAACAUAUAGAUGGAAAGUGUUCAAUUGAGUUUAAUUGAAAGAUGUAAAAUAUCUGAGGCUCCUCAAUUAAACGUUGUCCUUUUAAUAUGUGUGUGCCAAAUAUCAUAUAAACGUUGAGCAUACACGCUAUACCCGACACACUAUCAGAGCAUCUUAGUUGCUCGAGUUCCAAUAAAGUUUGGCAACAAACGAUGACAACAUGUUGCCCCCAGGAGAGAUGAAGUAAAAGUGUUGUGAAGAAGGUGUGAAAUCUGUUGCCUGGAAAAAAUUAUUUAACAUAAAGAUCAGGAGGCACCAAGUUAAUUAGUAAGUGAAUGCAUGAUUGAUCUCUUAAUUAAUACUUAAUUGAUGAUUAACUAAUUGAAUGGCUAUCUAACGUUAAUCUUUUUCUCUACUCUAAAGAUCAACACAUUUUGCGCGAGCUGGAGAGAAAGAAGAUCAUGGUGUUCACCCCUUCGCGGCGUGUAGCGGGCAAACGUGUGGUCUGCUACGACGAUCGCUUCAUCGUCAAGCUGGCGUACGAGUCAGGCGGUAUCAUCGUAUCCAACGACACAUACCGCGACCUUCAGGGCGAGAGACAGGAGUGGAAGCGCUUCAUCGAGGAGAGGCUGCUCAUGUACUCGUUCGUCAAUGACAAGUAAGUCUUGUGGGAGCUUAUUAUUAACCAUGAAAUAAACACAAUGGAUAAAUAACUAAUGUUUUAACUAAUAAUGCAAUUGUUACAGUUCUAUAACUUUAAUGAAUAAGCCAUUAUAAAUGCUUCUGAAUGUUUAUAACUUAAUAUAUGCUAAUUAUGCAUUAUUGUUUAGUAUACAUUAGCCACAGUGUAGUAUGAAUCUAAACUCUACUCCCCCUCUCUCAGGUUCAUGCCCCCUGAUGACCCCCUGGGUCGCCAUGGUCCCACACUAGAUAACUUUCUACGGAAGGUUCCUCGGUUACCACGGAAACAGCCAUGUCCUUAUGGUGAGAUCACAUCUCUACUGGGGUCAUCCUGUGGUUGACCUUACAGAUGGGUGGGGGGAACAUUUGCAAAUAAUUAUUAACAAACGGACACAAAUACUGUAAUGGAUGUAAUAAAUGUACUGUACUGUAUGUGCAAAAAACUCAACGGUACUAAUUAACUCUUGUUUAUAUUUCAUGAAUCCAGGAAGGAAAUGCACUUAUGGGAUAAAGUGUAAAUUCUACCACCCAGAGCGAGCCAACCAAUCCAAUCGCUCUUUGGCUGACGAGCUGCGGGAGAAGGCCAAGCUACCCUUGUCACAACAGAAACACCCCACCACAGGUUCUGGACCUGCCAAUGGCCUUUCCCUGGAGGAGGAGAUGGCUCAGAAACUGACCCUAGAACAGUGGAAUGGCUCCUUGAAGAAAGGCCUCACCAGUGAGAAUGUUCUUCUUCUCAAGGGAGGCCAUCGCUCCAGCUGGAGGUCCCCAGCUAAGAAGGCCAGCACCAACCGACAUUCCCCGACCGACCUGGACUCGGCCCUGCCCAGUGGCUCUCAAGAGAAGCUAGAUUCUGGGCUGGGCUCCUUUGAGAGCCAGGCGUCUGACCCCUCUAGAAACCACUGUGAUCGCUAUGACAACGCUGGGUACAGGAACUGCCAGUCACAGUCCGCCCCCAGUACGAGACAACAACGCUAUUCUCUCCCUAGCAACCUGCCUUGUAGCUGUUGCUCCCAUGCUCAACCUUCACUGGGCCCCAGCGCAGGAUACCAACAACACCACAGCCCACACCAUAGCAUGGGCCCAGCCAGCACCCACAACAACACCCACAACCCAGACAUGAUGACCUACUGCCCCCCCUGUUACCCCAACUAUGGGGCACCAAUGUAUCCAGUUAGUAUGCAUCAGGACAGCCACCCCAAUGACUUCCAACAACAGGGCAGGUUCUACCCUCCACAGCAGACCUACUGGUCGGACCCGUUCAGGACUUAUCCUCAGACUCUCCAUAGCGUUGCUCAGGUGGAGCAACAGAGACACUGGUCCCCUGCCCGGACACAGCCGAGCCCCCAUGGGGAGGGCAGGGAGAGGGAGGACGGCAAGGAGAGGGAGGAUGUCAGGAAGAAGCUGCUGGCCAUCUUUAACGGCCGUCUGGUGGACAAGGUCAUGGACAUGUUCCCCCAGCUCAUGGACCCACAGAGACUGGCCGCUGAGAUCCUCACCCUGCAAUCUCCGGGCCUGUGA